AUGCCAAUAGACAUGAUGUUUCAUGUGCCUUUAAGAGGCUGUGAGGAUAUUAUUGCCGAGAGCAUCUCACUAGACACCUUAAUUGCCAUUCUGAAGUGGAGCUCUCAGCCGUACGGUUCCAAGUGGGUACAUCGCCAAGCACUACAUUUCCUCUGUGAGGAGUUUACCCAGGUCAUGACUUCGGAUGUCUUUUAUGAACUCAGCAAGGACCACCUGCUCACAGCUAUCCAGUCUGACUAUUUACAGGCAAGUGAACAAGAUAUUCUCAAAUACCUGAUUAAAUGGGGAGAACACCAGUUGAUGAAGAGAAUAGCAGAUCGAGAACCAAAUUUACUCAGUGGUACUGCUCACAGUGUGAACAAAAGAGGUGUGAAGAGGAGAGAUCUUGACAUCGAGGAGCUGAGAGAGAUCCUGUCUCCGCUUUUACCUUUUGUCCGCAUUGAGCACAUCUUACCCAUGAAUAGUGAAGUCCUGAGUGAUGCAAUGAAGAGAGGCCUGAUUAGUACUCCUCCUUCAGACAUGCUACCAACAUCAGAAGGUGGAAAGUCCAAUGCCUGGCUGCGGCAAAAAAAUGCUGGAAUAUACGUGCGGCCAAGACUGUUCUCACCGUAUGUGGAGGAGGCAAAGAUCUUGAUGAAAUUCCACCGGAAACAAAGCAGCGUUCUGAGGGAAACCUCCCUGGUUUCCAGCCAGUUUGCCGGCCCAGCUCCUCGGCAGCCCUCCUGGCAGGCGGAUGGCAAGUCGGUUCUGGAUGAGAUGAUGGUGGAACAAACAGAUCUUGUUCGUCUGCGGAUGGUCCGGAUGUCCAACGUGCCCGACACCCUUUACAUGGUGAACAACGCGGUGCCGCAGUGCUGUCAUAUGAUUACCCACCAGCAAGUUAGCACUAACCAGUCCAGUCCUCCUUCAGUGAUAGCCAACGAGAUCCCAGUUCCCAGUCUCCUCAUUGUGAAGGAGAUGAUCCGGCGGCUGCAGGAGCUGCGCCACACGGAGCAGGUGCAGCGGGCGUAUGCCCUGAACUGCGGCGAGGGCGCCACAGUCAGCUACGAGAUUCAGAUUCGUGUGCUGCGGGAGUUCGGGCUCUCGGAUGCUGCUGCUGAACUUCUGCAGAAUCCUCACAAAUUCUUUCCUGAUGAGCGAUUUGGGGACGAAAGCCCGCUCCUGACAAUGAGACAGUCUGGACGGUGUCGUGUUAACAGCACUCCCACUGCAGAAACCAUGUUUACAGAACUGGACUCUUUUGUGGCCUUCCAUCCACCAUUGCCCCCUCCUCCACCUCCAUACCACCCACCAGCAACUCCUAUUCAUAACCAGUUCAAAGUGGGCUGGAAACAAAGGGUGCCAAGUCAACAUCCCUCCCGUUCCUUUUCCUACCCAUGUAACCACUCGCUGUUCCACUCCCGAGCUGCCCCCAAGGCUGCGCCGCCCGUCUACUUGCCCAGCGUGAAAGCGACACCGCCGGAUUGCACCAACACUGCAGGGCUGGGGAGGCAGACGGUGGCUGCAGCCACGGCAGUGAUGGCAGCUGAGAAGCAAGUAUGUACUCAGCCCUUGCUAAAUGAACUGAUGCCAGAUAUUGCAAUGGGUGUGUCAGUGAUGUCUCUAAAAGACAGAAGAUUACCAGAGCUCACCGUUGACACGGAGAUAAGCCAGACGGUUACAGAGGUAGGGCCCGGUCCACCCCAGCACAUUUCAUGUGUUCAGAACAGACACAUGCCCACUUCUCGAAAGAAACAUGCAAUAGAGCAAAAAAUAGAUGCCCGAGAAAAUCAGCAGUAAUAUCCUGACUUCUAUGACUUCUCUAAUGCUGCAUGCAGACCCUCUACUCCAGCACCCAACAGGCACAGUCCUUCGCCUUCACAAGGCAUAUAUUUUGGCCCAGAUUUGUACAGCCACAAUAAGGCAUCACCAAGUGGCUUAAAGUCAGCCUACCUACCUUCCCAGAUAUCUCCUAAAAAGCAAGAGGAUUCUCGGAGGGAAUACGUGCUCUCCCAAGAUGGGCAUCAGCAUAGACAAAAGAAUGAGCCAAUACACCUCGAUGUCUUAGAGCAACCUCCCCAGCGACUGGACUUGGCGUUGGCUGCCCAGGAAAGUGCUGGUAACGGCCCAGUUCACAUCAGGGGGAGAACAAAGAUGGAAACCGACUUAACCUAUGGGCUAACCUCCAGCAGACCUCCGCUCUCCACAUACGCUUCUGAUGGGCAAGAAGAGAGACCCAGCAGGAGACUGACAGAUGAUGAGCCAUUGGAACAUGGAGCACAGAGGAACGCAGAUUUGGAAAGGGAAGAUGCAGUAAGCCGAGGAAGGAGGUCUCCAAACAAACCAGACUUCCUGUAUAAAAAGUCUGCCCUUUGA